AUACAAAUUGUUCUUGGCAUCUCCAAUUCUCCACUACCUACCACGUAAUGAAGGUAUAAAAGGAGAAAGAAGGAGGGAAAAUGAAGAGAAGGAAAAGUAAUGAUGGGUAAGAGGAAGGUCCUAGUGGUGGGUGGAACAGGGUACAUAGGGAGAAGAAUAGUGAAGGCAAGCCUAGCAGUGGGGCAUGAAACGUACGUGAUGCAAAGGCCAGAGUUGGGACUCCAGAUAGAGAAGGUGCAGAUGCUGCUACGGUUCAAGAAGCAAGGUGCUCGCAUCGUUGAGGCCUCUUUUUCUGACCACAAGAGCCUCGUGGAUGCGGUCAAGAAGGUCGAUGUUGUAAUCAGCGCCAUCUCUGGGGUUCACAUCAGGACCCACUGCAUCACGCUGCAGCUCAAACUUGUUCAGGCCAUCACAGAAGCUGGGAAUGUUAAGCGUUUCUUGCCUUCGGAAUUUGGGGUAGACCCAUCAAGGAUGGGAGAUGCAUUAGAGCCAGGAAGGGUAACAUUUGAAGAUAAAAUGGCUGUAAGGAAAGCAAUAGAGGAAGCCAACAUCCCUUUCACUUACAUCUCUGCAAAUCUUUUUGCUGGUUACUUUGCUGGUAGCCUCUCUCAGAUGGGCUCUUUUCUGCCUCCAAGGGACAAGGUGCAUCUCUUUGGAGAUGGUAAUCAAAAAGCUGUUUUUCUGGAUGAAGAUGAUGUUGCAACAUAUACAAUCAAGACAAUAGAUGAUCCAAGAACCCUAAACAAAACAUUGUACCUAAGGCCACCACAAAAUAUUCUCUCCCAAGCAGAGCUUAUUGGAAUUUGGGAGAAACUUAUUGGAAAAGAACUGGAGAAGACAUAUAUAACCCCAGAAGGCUUUCUUACAACAUUGAAAGGGUUGGAUUAUAAACUUCAAGUGGGGAUUGGGCACUUCUAUCAUAUAUUCUACGAGGGAUGUUUAACAAAUUUUGAAAUUGGAGAGGAUGGAGAAGAAGCAUCUCUGCUUUAUCCUGAAGUGAAUUACACACGCAUGGAUGAAUACCUAAAGACUUAUGUGUAAAAGGAAUCCAUUCUAUAUGAGUUUUGUGAUUCAGACAUGAACACGGUGUUUAGAUAAAAUAAACUUCAUUUAAGUACAUUAUUUUGUGCUUAUAACUCGAUGAGGAAACUGGAUUUUUCAGAUCUUGAAAUGCCAACGAGUUUAAUUACUUUAUUA